GGGCGGCGCCUGGCUGGCCACCGCCUCCCCCUUGGCGUCCGCGCAGCCGGGUCUUUGUCCGCCGGCCCCGCGGCCGCCCGCGCUUUGUUCCCGGCGCCCGUCUCCCGCCGGCCGGGGCGCGCCGCCGAGCAGCCCCCCGCGUCGCGCUGGCGUCGUCCUCGUCCCCCUCGCCGCCCCCCGCGCGCGGCCGGGCCUUGCCCCCCAUGGUCUCCCGGCCGGAGCCGGAGAGCGAGGCCAUGGACGCGGAGCUGGUGGUGACGCCGCCGGGCUGUUCGCACCUGAGCAGCUUCAAGGUGGACAACUGGAAGCAGAACCUGCGGGCCAUCUACCAGUGCUUCGUGUGGAGCGGCACGGCGGAGGCCCGCAAGCGCAAGGCAAAGUCGUGUGUGUGUCACGUCUGUGGUGUCCACCUGAACAGGCUCCACUCCUGCCUGCACUGCGUCUUCUUUGGCUGUUUCACAAAGAAACAUAUUCACGAGCAUGCGAAGUCCAAGCGGCACAACCUGGCCAUAGAUCUCAUGUAUGGAGGGAUCUACUGCUUUUUGUGUCAGGACUACAUAUACGACAAAGACAUGGAAAUCAUUGCCAAAGAGGAACAGCGGAAGGCUUGGAAAAUGCAAGGCGUUGGGGAGAAGUUUUCAACUUGGGAACCAACCAAACGGGAGCUUGAACUGCUGAAACACAACCCGAAAAGGCGAAAGAUCACCUCUAACUGCACCAUAGGUCUGCGGGGGCUGAUCAACCUUGGAAACACGUGCUUCAUGAACUGCAUCGUCCAGGCUCUCACCCACACGCCGCUCCUGCGGGACUUCUUCCUCUCUGACAGGCACCGGUGUGAAAUGCAGAGCCCCAGCUCGUGUCUGGUGUGCGAGAUGUCCUCGCUUUUUCAGGAGUUUUACUCUGGGCACCGGUCCCCCCACAUCCCGUACAAGCUGCUGCACCUGGUGUGGACUCACGCCCGGCACCUGGCGGGGUACGAGCAGCAGGACGCCCACGAAUUCCUCAUCGCGGCGCUGGACGUCCUGCACCGGCACUGCAAAGGUGAUGACAACGGGAAGAAGGCCAACAACCCCAACCACUGCAACUGCAUCAUAGACCAGAUCUUCACGGGCGGACUGCAGUCGGACGUCACCUGCCAAGUCUGCCAUGGAGUCUCCACCACCAUUGACCCCUUCUGGGACAUCAGUUUAGACCUGCCUGGCUCUUCCACCCCGUUCUGGCCCCUGAGCCCAGGCAGCGAGGGCAGCGUGGUGAAUGGGGAAAGCCACGUAGCGGGAACCACUACGCUCACGGACUGCUUGCGAAGAUUCACGAGACCAGAGCACUUAGGAAGCAGCGCCAAGAUCAAGUGUAGCGGCUGCCAUAGCUACCAGGAGUCCACUAAGCAGCUCACCAUGAAGAAACUGCCCAUCGUAGCCUGCUUUCAUCUCAAACGAUUUGAACACUCGGCCAAACUGAGGAGGAAGAUCACCACCUAUGUGUCCUUUCCCCUGGAACUGGACAUGACCCCCUUCAUGGCGUCCAGCAAAGAGAGCAGGAUGAACGGACAGUACCAGCAGCCAACGGAUAGUCUCAAUAAUGACAAUAAGUACUCCCUCUUUGCGGUAGUUAACCACCAAGGGACCUUGGAGAGCGGCCACUACACCAGCUUCAUCCGGCAGCACAAGGAUCAGUGGUUCAAAUGUGACGAUGCCAUCAUCACCAAGGCCAGCAUCGAGGACGUGCUGGACAGCGAGGGGUACCUGCUGUUCUACCACAAACAGUUCCUGGAAUACGAGUAGCCUUAUCUGCGGCCGGACGGGAGAGAUGAGGGCGAUGAGUUGGCAGAGCCUCACAGAACGGUCCCCGUCCUCCCCGACUGCAUGACGCCACCUCCCCCCACGGAAGUGCCCCCAAGAGCGCCGGCUUCCUCCGUGGCCUGGGCCCAGCGGCAGCCCGGGUCGGUGCCUGGGGGGUCGUGGCGUUCGCUGCGCUCGGAAGGAGGCCCCGGGGACCGCGCCACGGAAGCAUUUAAAGGCGGGUGUGCUCUGCGUGGGCGGGGGCAGAGUGGACGCGUCCCUGGUGUCUCCUGUGCUCCUCAAGAAAAUGUGCGGGGGCCGGGGUGGGGGGGGGGGUCCAUUUUUAAAUCAUGGGUCCAUUAAAGCAGGAAAGUAGAGGAGCCAAAGACACUGCGUGAGGACAAAGGACUUUGCAAGUACCUUUCUCUCUGUGAGUUUAGUAUUAAGUAUAUAUAUAGUGUGGAACUCUUAGCCGCCGUCUUGUCAGCAGAUACAGAGAACCCUCCCCCCCCCCCCCCCCCAGAGCCUGUGGAACCGAAGACACUCCCUGGGGUCUCCAGGCACAUCUGUUCCGCAGAUAACUUAGCAUCAAACUGCAUGUGGAAGCGUCAGCCCAGGUGUUCUCUCUUGGUUUUUUUUUUUUUUUUUUUUUUUUUUUUUUUUAGAAAUAGGCACUUUCUAAUCCUCCCUCCCCUUUUCUCUCUUUUUCCACGAUGGUGACUUUCAUAAACGUAAUGGUAGUAACGUGAAUGAAUUACUGGAUUUAUACUGAAGUUGAGGUCGUUUUCCUUUAUUCUCUCGAGAGUGAAUCUUGCUUCUGAAUCGGGGCCGAUUUUGUUGCUUCCCCUCCGCCCUUCCCUCCGGAAGUGUCCGUGUCCUGGUUUUAACCAGGCAGGCGCAGCAGAGGAGAAUCAGGCUGCAGCUAAGUGUCUCUGUCAUAUCAAUCUGUUGAGUAAAUGAAGUGUCUUCAGUGGCUUCUUCGUUUCCCUUCCUCAUGCUUCGUCCUGUCGCCGCGUGGCGGCUCCCGUGGGGGACUGAAGCGGGAGUGGCCCCCGGUGGGGCCUGCUUUCGUUGCCGUGUGCCUCUGCUCUGCAUUUGGUGUAGUUUGAAUGGUAGCAGGGAGAAAAUGGCUUUGUGGUCGAGCUGGUGGGGAGAGGGAGGAGCCGCUUGAGGAGAUGGAAACACUUUGCAUUGUUCCUUGUGAGAUACCUUGCAUGCAUCUGUCUGUCCAAACCCAAGCUUAGAUUGUCCGCUUCUGAGAACUUACCAACCCAGAGAUGUGGGGGAGGAAAUGCUGCUUUAGCAUAUGAUUCGUGCAACAAGCAGUGCUUGUCCCGGGAGCCUGGUCUGCAUCUGAACUGUGGAAUGUUCUUUCCUGGAGAGGAGGAGAAUCCUGUUUCAGGCUCAGCACGCCGUUUCGUAAAGAGCCAGGUGGUAAAUAUUUCAGGCUUUGUGGGCCAAGUGGUCUCUGCCAUAGGUAAUACAUAAAGACGUGAGUGUGGCUGCGUUCCAGGAAACCUUCCCGUGGACGCUGACAUUGGACAGUUUUCACACGUCAUGAAAUUUCUUUUCCUGCUACAUAAAAAUGUACAAACUGUUCUUAGCCGGCAGGCCGUGCGGAAACAGCGGACCACGUCUGGCUCAUUAGCCUAGUCAAUUUAGGAAGUGGUAGCAGCAGCAGGAGUGGAGUAGUUACUGCUCAGCGUGGAAGACGCUAGAAUACGUGAAACAGCAGUCAUCUGCUGCAGCAGCAUCACACGUGACGAACUCCCUAGUGAUGCAGUUUUUAAAGCACUUGCUCAGUUCAUUCUCAUUUUAGGAAUAAGUGUUUGAAGAUAGCAGGCGUCAUCAGAAAUACGGAUGGGUGCAGAUUUCCAGAAAUGGCCACGUGUGCUGAGUCUGUGUGUGUGUGUGUGUGAGAGAGAGAGAGAGAGAGGCCGGCUGUGUUGUGAAGAUGUCUUUUGGGGAGAGCCGUUGCCCGUUAAUAAGGAGCACCCUGGGAGAAGAGCUGACUUGGCCUGCAGGGUUCCGAGCCAUGUGCUUUGCUGCCUUGUGGCCUGGCUUUCCUGGAUUGUUCGGGGUUUUCUGGCAGGUUCCCUGUGGUCUGGCCAGCCCUGCUUCCCCCGUCUGUCGCUGCUCGUGUCAGGAGCUCGGCUGCUCCAAGAACAGGAGGACUGGGGACAGACAGGCCACGUUAAUCUUUUGUAGACAUCAAAUGCUUAUACCCAAAUGAAUCCUCUGCCUUCCCUUUGGCCCUGGCGCUCUCUGCCUGUGCCGGGAAGCCCCCCUGUGGCAGGAAGAACUGGCCAAGCUGUUACCGCAGGGGUUGCCCUCUCCCCGUGCUGCCAGCAGGGCAUCCUGCCGUCGGCGUUUUCGUGUGGAUGCGCCACGUUAGGAACAAAAUCCUCCGUGACGGACCUGGGAAUUUUUCCUUUUGCUCCCGAUCCAGCUGUGAAAUCCCAGAAAAUGGCUUUCUCAUGUCCUAGUGACCACCCCUGUAUAGGUGUUCAGGUCAUUACCAAGUGCGUCUGACACUAAGGGAUCGCUGGGUGACCUCCCCCCCGCACCCCCCCCCCGCGCCCCCACCAGCGUUUUUAAAACACCCUGCCUUUCUGAGAUGUUGGCGAUCAUUUCCAUGCUCCACGGUGAGACCAGCUUUCCGUCUUCAGAGUCUGCUGUGCGUGCUGAGCAGUGUCCGGGCCGGGGCAGCGGGGUGGGCGGCCCGAGCGGCCGGGCCUCUGCUGCAGGGCGAAGGACAGUCUGGGGUCUCCUUCCUGCGGCAGCGCCCCCGCCCCCACGACACGUCGCCCCGUGCUGUCGUAGCUUGGCUUGGUGUGUCUGCUCUCACCGGGUAGAAUGGCCAUUCUUUUGACGAUUCAAGUGACUGUUUCAUUUACUAUAACCUUGAAAAUGAAAAUCGUGAGAAAAAGAUUCCAAUGAUCGUGCUGUGGAUUUUAUUACCAAGAUGUUUACACCCCCCUCUUACCUGUCAUUUUAAGGAACUGUCGACCCUUCUACCUUAAUGGCUUGUAGUCUUUCCUAUGUCAUAAUAAAGCUACAUUUUCUUCCGAAA